ACACUUGCGCGGCAGCGGCGGGCCGGCCACUCGGCUCUCCUUCGCGACGGUUCGGCCGGGUGCCGCUGGCGGCCGUUGCCAGGGUGGGGGUCGCUUUGCGGCAUGGCGAUGGCGGAGGGUGAGCGGACGGAGUGUGCUGAGCACCCCCGGGACGAACCCCCGGCUGAUGGCGCACUGAAGCGGGCGGAAGAGCUCAAGACGCAAGCCAACGACUAUUUCAAAGCCAAGGACUACGAGAACGCCAUCAAGUUCUACAGCCAGGCCAUUGAGCUGAACCCCAGCAAUGCCAUCUACUACGGCAACCGCAGCCUGGCCUACCUGCGCACUGAGUGCUAUGGCUACGCGCUGGCCGAUGCCACGCGGGCCAUCGAGCUGGACAAGAAGUACAUCAAGGGCUACUACCGCCGGGCCGCCAGCAACAUGGCCCUGGGCAAGUUCCGGGCCGCCCUGCGAGACUAUGAGACGGUGGUCAAGGUGAAGCCGCAUGACAAGGACGCGCAGAUGAAGUACCAGGAGUGCAACAAGAUCGUGAAGCAGAAGGCCUUCGAGCGCGCCAUCGCGGGCGACGAGCACAAACGCUCCGUCGUAGACUCGCUGGACAUCGAGAGCAUGACCAUCGAGGACGAGUACAGCGGGCCCAAACUGGAGGACGGCAAAGUGACAAUCACCUUCAUGAAGGAGCUCAUGCAGUGGUACAAGGACCAGAAGAAACUGCACCGGAAAUGCGCCUACCAGAUCCUGGUACAGGUCAAAGAGGUCCUCUCCAAGCUGAGCACGCUGGUGGAGACCACACUGAAAGAGACAGAGAAGAUUACAGUGUGCGGGGACACGCACGGCCAGUUCUAUGACCUCCUCAACAUAUUCGAACUCAACGGCUUACCCUCAGAGACCAACCCCUACAUAUUUAAUGGUGACUUCGUGGACCGCGGCUCCUUCUCCGUCGAAGUGAUCCUCACCCUUUUUGGCUUCAAGCUCCUGUACCCUGACCACUUCCACCUGCUUCGAGGCAACCAUGAGACGGACAACAUGAACCAGAUCUACGGCUUCGAGGGCGAGGUGAAGGCCAAGUACACGGCACAGAUGUACGAGCUCUUCAGCGAAGUGUUCGAGUGGCUCCCGCUGGCGCAGUGCAUCAACGGCAAAGUGCUGAUCAUGCACGGGGGCCUGUUCAGCGAGGACGGCGUCACCCUGGACGACAUCCGGAAGAUCGAGCGGAACCGGCAGCCGCCAGACUCAGGCCCCAUGUGCGACCUGCUCUGGUCAGAUCCACAGCCGCAGAACGGGCGCUCGGUCAGCAAGCGGGGCGUGAGCUGCCAGUUCGGGCCUGACGUGACCAAGGCCUUCCUGGAGGAGAACCACCUGGAUUACAUCAUCCGAAGCCACGAGGUCAAGGCCGAGGGCUAUGAGGUGGCGCACGGCGGCCGCUGCGUCACUGUCUUCUCCGCCCCCAACUACUGUGACCAGAUGGGGAACAAAGCCUCCUACAUUCACCUGCGCGGCUCUGACUUGCGGCCCCAGUUCCACCAGUUCACAGCAGUGCCUCACCCCAACGUCAAGCCCAUGGCCUACGCCAACGCACUGCUGCAGUUAGGGGUGAUGUGAGGGCGGCAGGCAGCCUGCACCCAGAACCCCUCCACUCCUGCGAGACCAGGGCCGGGCCAAGCAGGCCCUGCCCCAGGGUGAUGCUGGACCCCCUUUUACUUUGUAAAGUUUGUAUUUAUUCCCCUUAGGCUCACAGAAGGGGUGGGGGCAGAGCGUGGGCUGGCCAGGGGUCAGCUCCCUGGCUGCAGGACGCAGGUGGCGAGGCUGGGGGCGGGGCUCGGCCCGGGCAUUCUGGAGGGAGGUGCCUGGGACAUGUGCCCACCUCGUGUGCAUGGCUCCUCCCCCGCUAAAGCAAUAGGGCCCCACCGCCAUAGAGAGUCCCGCCAGGGUCGUCAGGGAUGCCCCACGCACCCCCACCCCUGAUCUCGGGGUGGGGCCGGGCUGGGGUCUGCCCCCUUCCCCAGCUGUUUUGUCUGUAAUUAAAUGUUAAAAUAAAGUCAUUAUUGGAAGUCA